GUGGGGGCAUUUCACUUGUGUGAGACAUGAUUUACUCAGGUAGAUUUAGAGAAUACAUACGGUGUUAAUCACAAAACGAAAUUCCCAGCCCUUGCAAACAUUUGAUAUGAAAUCAAUAGACACGCUUUGACAAAACAAACAUUUGCAAAAGUGAUUGCAGAUUACCAAAAAAAUGCAUUCAAGUUUCGAAAAACAAACGAAAAUAAAAUGUUUCUUUGCAGGUAUAAGGACAGUUGUAUGACAACGUUAGGGAAAAAUGGCGCAUCUUGAGUCCAAGAGUCCGGACGCAACUUUCACUUUAUUCGUUGUUUUACCAACGGAAGAAGUCUGCACACUCCGUAGGGUUCCUUCUGGUAUAUACGUCAACGAAGUCAAAGGGAAACUAGAGCUUGCCGCAGGUCUACCCUCCAACAUCUACAUGCUGACUUAUCCUGAUGGAGAAUGUCUUAGUGACAGAGAAAGGUUGCUCAUCCAGGAAAACGUCCGGGACGGGUAUCUAUUGCGAGCCCAGAUAAUGGAUAACUGGGAUACGCUGUACAACGCCUUGGUACAGAACAACACGGAGUACGUCUACCACAGCGGUGGUGUCCACGUGAAGGGAAACAUCAUGGUAGGCCAGGACGACACCGGCAAAAUAGAGGCUUUGGUACGGGAACGUGCCACAGCCGCACUCUUCAUCGCAGCCUACUCCGGAUUGGUGAAGAUGUGUAAUCUGUUGAUAUCCAUAGGUGUAAAUAUGAAUGGAUCUACGCAUUUUGGCAGAACAGCCUUGCAUGCAGCAGUUUGCAAAGACCGUAUUCAGAUUGUGAACAUGUUGCUAGAUGCUGGUGCCACAGUUCAUGUUUACGAUAUAUAUUCUCAGAGUCCCGUAACUAUAGCAAAAUCGUACAAUUCCUUCCAAUGCGAAAAAAGACUUCGUCUCAUGCAGUUAAAUCUGCGGGGUUUGAAGGAUUUACAAAACAAAAACUCUUACUCAAAUCUGCAACUCAAAGGGAGGGUAUCGAGUACUCCACAAAUAGCUCAACGUGACACUGAAACAGCGAGAAGCACUAAACCUAAAUCUACAUCCGCUGGGACAAACAGACAAUAUACAGAAAAUGUAUCAUCACACAACGAUCAACCGAAGAAACUUCUGUCUGCACGGUCCGAUAAGAACAACAACACGAUCAAAACGAGGACGGAAGGAUACUGGGUAAUAUCGCAAUCCAACCCCAGGCAUAAAGAGUUGGACGGGGCCUUAGAGAAAAGAUAUUUAAACUUUUUAGAACAUCACGACAAACUGAUCCAAAACAAACAGUAUCCCUUAUCUGCCAGUAAAUAUCGAAUUCUUAAGUUCAAGAAAGAUUCCGCUGACAUGGCUGUAGGACAUCAUUCACUUCCGGAGGAAUCCAAACCAACACAUGGAAGGAUUAUCGCCCCUGUCCCUGUGGAUACGGUAGAAAUACACGUAGAAACUGAACACCCGACUGAGUCAAAUAAAAUUCACUCACCGAAAAUUCCAGAAGAGCCGAGUUUGUCAAACUCAACAAGAGGAACACGUGAUAAUGACAACAGUGUUCGAAAAAGCAGCUUAAAAUCAGGAACUUCACUGUUACCAAAGAGAGUUCGAUUUUCAGCAAAGUCAAGGUCUCUGAAGAACCUUGCAAAACCCGAGACAAUGGAGUCGUUCAAAGACUUGAAAAGAAAGAUUUCCAUUGCUGCUAAUCGAACAGACAGUGCCAGAUCAACGUCGUCUAGAAAUUCAGGGAUUACACACGAGUCUUGGUUACGGAGGAAGCUGGCGCAGGAACGGAAGCUUAUGUCUGAUUCCUCAGACUCCAGCGACAGUGAAGACAAUGCCGGGGACUCUGAUGCCUUCAAAGAAUGGAUACAAAAGAAAAAGGAGGCCAAUUUCGGUCCUCCAAGGCCGAUAACUCGACCCAUACCUGGUCUGAUUCAGAUAGGCUCAACGGAUGUAGGGGAUGGAAGAAACCCCGAUCCGAUUCAUAAUAUUAAAGCGUAUAAGAAUUGGGUAGGAAAGAGGCAGAAGACGAAAAGAAUACCAAACGUGGAAAGAUUAAGAACUAUGCAGGACUUCAUGGCACAUAAGAAAAAGUUGGAAGAGAAACGACAACAGUUGUUAAUGAUUGCAAUUACUUACGAAGAGUGGAUGGAUUUCAAUGAAGAAAAGAAAUUAUUAAUCCAGAAAAUCCUUCGUGCAGACCUGGAAGAACUAAAAAACAUGGAAAAGGAACUUUCUACCAAAAAAGCACCACAUCAGAUUUCUUUCGAAGAUUGGAAGGAAAAAGCAAAGAAACGAAGGGAAGAGGAGCUUAUUAGACGUGAAAAGCAAAAACGGUUUCUGAAAGAGGAACAACGAGAGAAGAGAGUGAAUGGGCGUAGUAGUGCUGCUAUCCCACAUGCAGAAUGGUUACGGUUGAAAAGGACUGAACCGCAACCUCGACAUUCAGUAUCCCCAAGACCAGACUCCAUGUGUGGUUCUGCGCAGACUCGAAAGGAAGCAGAAGAGACAUACAAAAAAUGGUCGUCUGCAAGGCAAGAGGAUGGCACCAAUACUACAAUGCCAUAUGAAAAGCAAUUACAAUUGGGUUCAAAGAGUUUAUCACCACUGGUCACUGUGCGGUAGACUUUUUUCUUACUUUAAA